AUGACUUUUUUCAAGCAGAUUUUUUUUUACAAUUUCAAACAGAAGGUUUCAAUUCCAUGCUAUUGUUGUAUUGUCAACAUGUUGAACGAUCUGUACACCUGCUUUGAUUCCAUCAUCCAACACUUUGACGUCUACAAAGUGGAGACCAUCGGGGACGCCUAUAUGGUGGCCAGUGGCCUCCCUAUCAGAAAUGGCAGUGCUCACGUCACAGAGAUAGCCUCCAUGGCUUUAACCCUUGUAGAAGUGAUCAAAUCAUUCAAGAUCAGACACCGGCCACAUGAAGUGCUCAAACUAAGGAUUGGAAUUCACUCUGGUCCAUGUGUGGCUGGGGUGGUUGGAUUGACUAUGCCCAGGUACACCCUGUUCGGAGACACCAUCAAUACUGCAUCCAGGAUAGAAACUCAUGGACAAGCUCUGAGAAUUCACUGUAGCUCUCAAACCAAGAAGUUACUGGAUUCUGUCGGUGGCUUCCGUUUGGAGGAGAGAGGAUACAUCAACAUGAAA